AACCCCUGAAUUGGUAAAGAGGAUUUAGACAGAAACAACAAUGGCUUCAACGACGGAUUCCACGGACUCCUACAAACCCUACCGCCUCAAGCACACUCUCUCCGGCCACAAACGCGCCAUCUCCUCCGUCAAAUUCUCCGACGACGGCCGCUUCCUCGCCUCCUGCUCCGCCGACAAGACCGCCCGCACCUACGCUCUCUCCUCCCCCGAAACUCCCCACAACGAGUUCCACGGCCACGAAGCCGGCAUCUCCGACCUCGCCUUCUCCUCCGACGGCCGCUUCCUCGCCACCGCCUCCGACGACCGCACCGUCCGCCUCUGGGACGUCUCCACCGGCUCCCUCGUCAAAACCCUCUCCGGCCACACCAAUUACGUCUUCUGCCUCACUUUCAACCCUCAAUCCAACAUGCUCGCCUCCGGAUCCUUCGACGAGACCGUCCGCAUUUGGGAUGUCAAGUCCGGGAAAUGCCUCAAGGUGCUCCCCGCCCACUCCGACCCUGUCACCUCCGUCAAUUUCAAUUUGGACGGAUCCAUGAUUGUUUCCAGCAGCUACGAUGGCCUUUGUAGGAUUUGGGAUGCUUCCACCGGCCACUGUAUCAAGACUUUGAUCGAUGAUGAACAUCCUCCUGUUAGCUUUGCCAAAUUCUCUCCCAAUGGCAAGUUUAUUCUUGUUGGAACUCUUGAUAAUACACUGCGGCUCUGGAAUUUUUCUACUGGGAAAUUUUUAAAAACUUACACGGGCCAUGUCAACUCGAAGUUUUGCGUCUCUUCAACAUUCUCUAUAACAAAUGGGAAAUACAUAGUGAGUGGAUCUGAGGAUAAUAUGCUGUACUUGUGGGAGCUCCAGUCUCGGAAGAUUGUUCAGAAGCUGGAAGGUCAUACAGAUGCAGUAAUAUCGGUAUCAUGCCACCCAACUGAAAACACGAUAGCAUCGGGCUCUCUGGGAAACGACAAAACAGUGAAGAUCUGGAGCCAGGAGGAGGAUUGAUAUUUUUGCAGCCAACUGUAUGAUCAUUCCUAGUAUAACUUAUUCCGAUUUAUUGAGGGCAACUUUAUGAUGAGUAGUAGUCUGAAGCAAGUCUGUGAUAUGAUAUGCAUUCUGCUUCUCUCUUAUCUCUCUUGUGUAUGAUGACAACAUUAGUAGUAUAACUCUGGCUAAUGUAUUGAAUUACUUUUGUGUUAAAUUAAUUUAAAUUUCUGAGUUCA